UGUAUGAGGCAUUUGUUAUGCAUUUGAUAUUGGCGAAGAACACACGAAAGUCUACUGUGACAUGAAUGACCACGUGGAAGAAAAUGCAGAGAAAAGCAGCACUGCCCAGAAAACAUCUGCAGAAGAAUCUGUCUGUCUUGCUGCAGACAGAAUGCCAGCAGAAAAACUGCAAAAAGUUAAGAAGGAACUAAAACACUUAAUUUUUCAAAAUCCAGGACCUCAGGUAGCUAACUUCAAUCCUGAAACUAGAAAGCAGAGAAAAAAAGCACACAAGUCACAGAUGAAACAAGACUGCUUUAAUAAACCCAAAACUCUGAGUAAGCAUGACAGUCACGGCCGGCUGCUUGGGAGUAACGCUGAUUUGUGUGACUGCCUGGACGAGAACUGCCUGGGUUGCUUCUAUCCUUGCCCCAAAUGCAACUCAAAUAAGUGUGGGCCAGAAUGUCGCUGCAAUAGGAAGUGGGUUUAUGAUACAAUUGAGCUUGAAGAUGGGAAUGUGAUCAAUGCUUUCCCAUUUCCUACUGAUCCCUGAUUUUGUUCCGAUAGGUUUGUACCUCAGUGAAGUUCUCCUUUCUUCAUGUGUUAUCAUAAUGGAUCUCAGCUUUACAAAUUAUGAGAUGCCUGUCAAUGUUGCUUGCACUUCUUUAUUGAUGUCUCAUCAGCACACUUAAACAUUUCGUGUUAAGUAAAAUUGUACCGAGGCUCUCAGCUCUGACUCAGGCACAUUUUGCAGUGGAGGGGUGAUGUCACUGCACAGGAGGCUUCCUGAACCAGGGUAGAGCUAAGAGCAAAUCCCCUCCCUGCC